AAAUGAUAGUGUCGACGACUGCUGAAUAGAAUUAUUAGUUAUUUGUAUUUUGUAUAUACCUGCCCAGGGAAAAAAAACCUUAAUUUUGUUCAAUUUUUCCAGUAAACGGCUUGUUCUUUCUUGCGACAAAACGAGAGGGAAAAAAUGCGCUAAAAAUGGUCUCAAAAAUACAUUUUCAAAUUCAAAUUUAUAUGUGCACGUGCGUUAAAUGGUUUUUCGGCGACUCUAUCGUUUCUUGAACUUGGUUUGACUUUAAACAAAACGAAGCCUUUUGAUUUAAAACUUCUUCAGUUAUUUUUUUUUCUUAUUAAACGCAAGAGAUAAAAAAUGGAUAGUACCCAAGAUGAAGUUGAACUUAAAAGUGUCGUCACAGACUCAAAGCGUACAAGGUUUCAAGUCAACUUAGUUGACAGUGAACCUCAUAGAGUGCGAUUAGAUAGUGCAUCUUCCGAUGACAACAAAUAUAGAAGUUUCCGACAAUUGACGCGAGAAGCGUUACCACGUUUGGAUAAUUAUAGAAACAUCAUGUCUGUGCAUGUUGCUUGUAGGCCCACUCUUGACGAAUUGCAUAAUAAUGAUAUGGCUGAAAAAAAGAUGCUGGCUCAAGAAAACGAGCCGAGUAGACCAGUACUGAGAAAACACGAACAAGGUUGGAUCCAAGGUGUUCUUAUUCGAAAUUUAGUGCAGAUAUGGGGUCUUAUGUUGUUUCUCCGAUUAGCCUGGGUUGUUUGUACUACCGGCUUAGUUUCAGGCAUUGUCAUUAUCUUUUUCGGUGGCGCUAUAACUACAAUAACUGCAUUGUCUAUGUCGGCAAUUAGUACAAACGGCGUAUUGAAAGAAGGUGGCACUUAUUUUAUGAUAUCUCGUUCCCUUGGACCAGAAUUCGGAGCGUGUAUUGGUGUUAUAUAUUCUAUAGCGUUAGCUGCGGCGUGUGCUAUGCAUUUAGUCGGGUUCUGUGAAAUGGUGCAAAUAUUGAUGACCUCUGCCAACUGGUCUAUUAUGGACGGUGGUGUACAAGAUAUGAGGUUAUUGGGAAUCGGAUUUACAGCUGCGUUGUUAUGUGCAACUCUUGGCGGAAUACGUUCCCGUAUCCAGAUUCAUGCCGCAGUAUUGGUUCUUAUUGUCAUAGCUAUUUUGAAUGUGCUUAUCGGGGCAAUUGUAGGACCUCAGACCAAAUAUGAAAAAGAUCUGGGAUUUAUCGGAUUUAGUUGGACUGCAAUCAAUCAUAACUUGUUUAAAAAUUUUGAAUCUGUUGAAGACUGGUUUAAAAGCUUUUGGUGUGGAUUUGCUGUUUUCUUCCCGGCUGCGUCUGGUUUUUUAGCGGGAACAAAUAAAUCGGGAGAGCUGAAAGAUUCAUUAAGAGCAAUACCAAGGGGUUCAUUAACUUCUAUUUUCAUUUCGUCUUCUGUAUAUAUUGGCCUGGCAUUCAUAGUUGGCUCAACACUUGGUGACCAAAGUGUUUCAAAUAAGUUCAGUACAAUUUCAAGUUGUGACUCGCCAAACAAACUCUAUGCAGUAAAUCAUACUAUUGGGAUCAUAGCGUUGUAUAGUCCAUUAGUUUAUGCUUCAGUUUUGGCUUCAACAUUGACAGCAUCGUUUUCUUCCUUUUUAGCCGCUCCAAAAGUUUUCCAAAUGUUAUGUAAUGACAAACUGUACAACAAUCUUUCAUGGUUUGGAUUUAGUACCAAGUCGGGAGAACCAAUUAGAGCUGAUGUAUUAGCAACGAUAAUCGUUUUGCUUUUUAUUCUCCCAGGUGACUUAAACACAAUAUUGCCUUCAAUAUCUAAUGUCAUGCUGAGCGUUUAUGCACUGAUUAAUUUUAGUACAUUUCAUGCGUCUUUGGUCAAACCAAUUGGAUGGAGGCCUACGUUUAAGCUGUAUAAUAUGUGGCUUAGUUUAGCGGGAUCAAUGUUAUGUGUAGUUUUAAUGUUUGUCAUUUGUUGGUGGAUAGCACUGGUGACAUUAGUAGCUAUAUUAGCUCUUUAUUUGAUAGUAUCUUACCAAAAACCAGAUGUGAAUUGGGGAACCAGCACUCAAGCUCAAACAUACAAGCAAGCGUUGAUUGCUGUUCAUAGUUUAAUCAGGGUGGAAGAUCAUGUAAAAAAUUUUAGACCACAACUUCUCGUUUUAACGGGAAUGCCAUCAUCCAGGCCGCCAUUGACUGAUUUUGCUCACCUAAUUACCAAAAACCUUUCAUUACUCGUUUGUGGUAAUAUGAUCAAAACUCCUACUUCUCAAAAACUAUUAGAAAUAUAUUCGAAACGUGCCAAUAAUUGGUUAAAUUACCAUAAAAUCAAAGGGUUUUAUGUACAAAUAGAUGGUACUAAUUUUGAAGAUGGUGCAAAAAGUCUUAUGCAAACCGUUGGCCUGGGUAAACUUAAGCCAAAUAUUGUAAUGUUAGGUUACAAGACAAACUGGUUCAAAUGCAGUACCAAUGAUUUAAAUAUGUAUUUUAAUGUUCUUCACAAAGCUUUAGAUAUUCAUAUGGGAGUAUGUAUAUUACGUGUAAAAUCAGGUCUUAACUACUCAAACUCGAUUCUCAUAGAUGAAAAUCAAUUGGACAUGAUUGUUAAUCGUAAAACUUCAUUUAUUUCGGAAGAACCAUUUUUGCAUAGUAGAUCACAGUCAAUGUCCACUGUGGCAGAAAAGCAUGAUAUUGGUGAUGAUAGCGAAGAAGACAGUGAAUUAUUAGCUAAAACUUCAUAUCCGGUGUACAAAAAUCCUAAUGAAGAUAUUGCUGAAAAGCAUAAAGUAUCUAAAAAUCAAAAAGCUAAUAUUGUUAAGGGUACUGAUGGUUAUGAUUUGCCAAAAGAAACUAUCUACGAUAUUACGAGGUUUCAACGUAAACAGAAAAAAGGAACUAUCGAUGUUUGGUGGUUAUACGAUGAUGGAGGUCUUACACUAUUGUUGCCAUACAUCAUUAGCACACGAGGAAAUUGGUCCUCAUGCAAGUUACGAGUAUUUACAAUUGCCAAUAAAAAAGACCAAUUAGAAUUUGAACAACGAAGUAUUGCUAGUCUCUUGGCCAAAUUCCGCAUUGACUAUUCUGAUUUGUUGGUGAUAACGGAUCUAUUGAGAAAACCUCACGAAGAAACGCUAGCAUUUUACACUAGUCUAAUUAAAAGUUAUAAGCCUAAAGGACAAAAUAAUGAGGGUAUAAGCGAAUCUGAAUUAACUGCUAUGAAAGAAAAAACAAAUCGUCACCUCCGAUUAAGAGAACUACUUUUAGAAAACUCUCAGGAAGCCAAUCUAAUCGUAAUGACUUUACCAAUGCCAAGAAAAAAUGUUGUACCAGCACCAUUGUACAUGUCUUGGUUAGAGACGCUCACACAAGGUAUGCCACCGUUUUUGUUGGUACGAGGAAACCAAAGCUCCGUACUAACAUUUUAUUCAUGAGCUUCGGUAAGCUCGACACAUUGUUCCUCUAUUAAUCACCGGUAAAGUGAUAUUAGUUAUCCUAACAAAAAUACUGUUUUUUUUAAAAAUCAAAAAGAAGAACAUUUUAUUAUAAUAUGGUACAAGACAUAUCAUUCUUAAAUUCAAUUUAAUUACUUUUACUUACUUUAUAUAUUUUUAAAAGUAUAAUACAUUGUAUUAUUAUAAAUAUUUUUUAACUAUUAAAAUUAUCUUUUUAUUUUAUUUUCACUCACAAUAAUUUCUCAGUUUUUUUUUUUAAAUUGCAUUUUAGCUUUUAAAUUUAUUUACACAAAAAAUUCGCAAUUAGCUACAAAAAAAAAGUAAAUAAAUCAUCAUCUCACACAUCAAUAAGUAAUAUUCAGUUUUUGUUUACAUUUUUUCAUAAAUUUGCUAUAAAUUAAAUUACUUAAAUAAUUCCUAUAUGUGCCUGUAAUAACUUGUUUAGGAUUAGGAUUUCGCGAAACAAUUUAUUUUGUGUAAGCAGUGUGAUAUUGUAUAUCCUAAUAAUCUAUUUUGAACAUAAUAGUUAAUAUAUUAUGUGUUAUAUUAUUAUGUUAUAAAACACUAACGAAAAAUAUUGACUGUACUUACAUUAAUAAUUUUGUAACAUUAUUUUUAUGUAUUUAAUAUUGUACAAUAACAUAGUACUGCUAAUUGUUUCACUUCCAGUGGACAAUAACCAUCAUUAUUUGCCAGUAUAACUUAAAAAUAUUUUUAAAAAACAGCUUUAACUUAAAAAUAAAACGAGAUAUAUUUUUAUUAAAUAUUUGCUUAAAGAAAGAGUUAGUUUUAACCUCUGAUUGAAUACAUCCAUAAAAUGUCAGUUUGGAUGUCUUAAAAUGUACCGUUUUUCUUCUCCAUUGUCGUCUCAGAUGAAUAACGCAAUCAUUUUUAUUUGAAAUUUAUAUUUAGAGUUUACAAUAAAAACCAAUAUUUGUUUGUACUGCUCAGAUACCAGUUAAAAUCUAGUCAUGUUGACAACAUGCUAAUAAAAUGUUGGUAGAGUCCCUUAACAUAAGCUACAUAGAAUUUUGCAUUAGCCAUUGCAUAGUUUAUACAAAAUAAGAAAGACUAGCUAAUUUAAAUUAAAAUUAAUACGUAAAACUAAAUUAAGAAUCGAGAUCUGUGAUUAAAUCAAUAAAUACAUUUAUUUUUAAUAAUUAAAUAAUAAUAAUAUAUAUUUUUUGUUAAUAUUUUUACCCGUGUACAAUUGCUCAAUUUAUGCUCAAUAAAAAAGUAAAUC